ACUCAAAAAAAUGCUCUCUACAGCAAUUUUAGACACUAGACAUGGCAAAAGCUACUCUUCUGAUUCUCAAAUUGUUGAUGAUCCUAAUAUGUGCUGGUUGGAUUACUCUCUGGAUCCUGAAGCCCACCCAACUGUGGACGAAGAAAUGGCAUACUGCUGAAGAUAGUGCAAGAACCACAGUGUUUGGGUACUAUGGUCUUAAUUUUGUUGUAUAUACCUUUCCUGUUAUUGCUCUGGCUGCAAUUGGAUUUGUUUACUUGGAUUUGCAGUCUAGAGAGUCAAGAAGAAGACAAGCAAGAAGAUCACCCUCAGUUCUUUCCAAUCCCCUCGUUGUUAACAGUUACCUGGGUGUUCUAUCAGCCCUUGAGAUUUUAGCAGUGUCCCUCUUCUUCCUCUAUCUGGCAUGGACUUUCUAUGUUCACAUCUCCAAUGAUUUCGAGAAAAUGGUACCAGCCAAAUCAUUGAAGUCCUACUCCACCAUCUCCAAUGCUGGCAAGAAGAUGACCCCAGCUGAAUCAUUGAAGCUGAAUACGCGGCAGUUCAAAUUCCUUAGGGUGGCAACGCGAUUUGGUUUGCUGGCAGAAGCCUGCCUGGCUCUGCUACUACUGCCUGUCUUAAGGGGGAUGGCCUUGUUUCGGUUUGUUGGGGUACAGUUUGAAGCAUCAGUAAGAUACCAUGUCUGGCUUGGGACUGCAAUGAUAUUUUUUGCCACUUUUCAUGGUGUGAGCACCCUUAUUGUUUGGGGGAUCAAAGACCGGAUUCAGGAUGAGAUGGGGAAAUGGCAGAAAACAGGCCGGAUUUAUCUAGCUGGGGAGAUUGCUCUCGUUACAGGCCUAGUUAUCUGGAUUACGUCACUUCCUCCAAUAAGGCGGAAACGGUUUGAAAUCUUCUACUACACUCACCACCUGUACAUAGUCUUCCUACUAUUCUUCUUGUUCCAUGGUGGAGAUCGUCACUUUUAUAUGGUUUUUGGUGGGGUUUUUCUGUUCGGCCUUGACAAGCUACUUCGAAUCAUACAAUCAAGACCACAGACUUGCAUCCUCUCAGCAAGAGUAUUCCCCUGCAAAGCUAUAGAGCUUGUUGUAGCAAAAGAUCCAGGAUUGAAGUAUGCCCCAACAAGCAUCAUAUUCAUGAAGAUACCAAGCAUUUCCAGAUUUCAGUGGCAUUCCUUCAGUAUAACUUCCAGCUCAAACAUUGAUGAUAAUACUAUGUCUGUCAUAAUCAAAUGUGGAGGAUGGUGGACAAACUCCCUGAGUGACAUAAUACAUGCUGAGCUAGACUCAGGUUCCAAUCAGAUGAAGUGCAUCCCAAUUGCAAUUGAAGGCCCUUAUGGACCUGCCUCACUGGACUUCUUAAGCUAUGACAGUCUACUUCUGGUAGCCGGAGGAGUUGGGAUAACCCCAUUUCUGAGCAUUUUGCAGGAAAUUACUUCCACACAGAGCAGCAUCAGAUAUAGAUUCCCCAGAAGAAUUGAACUUAUAUAUAUUAUGAAGAACUCCCAAGAUAUAUGUCUGUUAAACCCGAUAUUGCAUCUACUCCAGAACCAGUCAGCUGAACAAUGGCAUCUAAAGCUAAAAGUAUUUGUAACCCAAGAAGAAGAAUGUGGUGCAACCAUAAGAGAUCUUCUGAAUGGGUUUUGUCAAGUCCAAGUAGUAAACUUUGCCUCAAAAUGUUCGAGUUAUGCAGCAAAUGGACUUGAAAAUUUGCUUUGGAUGGCUGCCAUGGCUGGGCUUUCCUCAGUCAUGUUCCUUGUUUUUCUUUCUUCUCUCAACCAUGCCUUUCUUCCUUCCCAAGAUAAGUCCUCCAAAGAGAAAAGCCCUUCUUGGGUUGCUGACAUACUUCUCAUAUGUUCCUUCAUCAUAGCUAUACUAUGCAGCACCAUAGUGGCAAUUGUCUUGAGAUGGAGAAAGCUGAGAAGAGAGAUUCCACCAGUCUCUCAAAAGGAAGGCAAAGCCAAGGAGGGUUUGAUGGACACAAGGGGCACUGCUCUUGAGGAGCAUGAAAUCCAUUUUGGAGGAAGGCCUAAUUUCCAAGAUGUUUUUUCCAAGUUUCCAAAAGAAACUGGUGGAUCGCAUAUAGGAGUCCUGGUUUGUGGCCCAGAAACAAUGAAAGAAUCAGUGGCAUCAAUAUGCAGUCAAACCUCCCAAUGCUGCAACAUGGGAAAUGAUCAGAAAAGGAAGUCAAAUUUCAGUUUCCACUCCCUCAACUUCACACUCUAGUUGAAACAUAGGCGUAUAUUCCUAUACUCCUGUCUUUAUAUCACAUGAAUAAAAGUUGGGCAAUGGGUAGUUGCUCCUUAGGCUUUCACAUAAUGAUGGUUUCUUGCCUUCUAUUUCAGCCAUGUUAGCAUGUCAUUGUAACACUGUUCUGCAACAAAAAUGUGUAGUACAUUGAAAUUUGCAACUUCUGAUAAA